CGGGGCCCGGGCGGUGCGAGGCUGGAAGGAGAGGGCUGUGAGCAUCGCCCACAUUUGGGGUGCCGUGGGCCGCGAGGAAGGGGCCGUCUCCCCGCAGUUGCAAUCCUGGGUUGAGGCCGGUUGUUAGGCGCGCUGUUGCUCUGUAAAAAUGCGUGUGUCUUUUGGCGUUUCGCCUGGGUUAGGGAGGGGACGGACACCCUGUGAGGUCUGGGGCUCGUCCCCUCAAGUCACGCACUCACCUUUAUAACUGCAAAAGCAGAUCCUUUAAAAGAAAAAUAAUAAUCCUUUGCUGAAUCGAGACAGCACUGCAAGCUUCCCGGAGAUUUAAAGGCGCAAUUUCAGCUGCCGGAGCGAGGAGCCCCCAGAGUCACCAUGGCUGACCGGGCUGCAGCUGAAAGGGCCUGCAAGGAUCCCAACCCCAUCAUCGACGGCAGAAAGGCCAAUGUGAAUCUGGCAUAUUUAGGAGCGAAACCAAGGAUCAUGCAGCCAGGUUUUGCCUUUGGUGUUCAACAACUUCAUCCAGCCCUCAUACAAAGACCUUUCGGGAUACCUGCCCACUACGUCUACCCACAGGCUUUUGUGCAGCCUGGAGUGGUCAUUCCACACGUCCAGCCCACGGCAGCUGCGGCCUCCACCACGCCAUACAUAGAUUACACUGGAGCUGCAUAUGCACAGUACUCAGCAGCCGCCGCUGCCGCUGCGGCCGCCGCCGCCUAUGACCAGUACCCCUACGCGGCCUCUCCGGCUGCUGCAGGAUACGUCACCGCUGGAGGCUACGGCUACGCGGUCCAGCAGCCCAUCACCGCUGCCGCACCUGGGUCUGCAGCUGCAGCCGCGGCAGCAGCUGCCGCCGCCGCAGCAUUUGGCCAGUAUCAGCCCCAGCAGCUGCAAACAGACCGAAUGCAGUAGAGCAGCCAUCUGAUCAAAGUUGAAUUGUUUUCUCGUUCUCCCCCCACCAAAUUUCCGAUUUUCAGUAGCUAAUGAGAGAGUUAACAUUGACUUAACAGCUUUAAAAAAAAAAAAAAAAAAAAAGAGAUGCUAUUGUGAAGCAGAAUUCUUAUUUUUUUUAUACUCAAAGUAGUGUCCUAGAUGAAAAAGAGAUGAGAAUGAGGGGCUUGGGCGCAGUUUUGGAAAUCGAUCCCAAAGAGCUGAAUAAAUGGAAAGGCUGCUCCGUAGCGAGCGACAGCAGGAGACCAGUGGAACUUCGCUUUUGUAGUGGGAUUUUUAUUUUUGCUCUUUUCAUAGUAUCAGGGAAGCAAACUGCCUUUUACAAGUUAGAAAAUGCUAUUUGAAUCUAGUUGAACCAGGGAAUACAGAGAGAGCAAUAUGUAGCUUGAAAUACGUUUAAAAGCAGAUUUUUUUCUUUUCUUACCACCAAAAUGGCGAACGCACUGAUUGUCAUUUUUAAGCAGUCACUUCGGCCUAUAGAACUUUUUCCAGGAAGAAGGUAGUGUCCAUACUAUCUCAAAAACAGGCAUCGAACAAUCAUUGUAGGAGCGUGGCAGUGGGUACAAUGGUGGACAGGCACCAAAGCUAUUUUCUCAUCUGUCCUGUGGACAAGUGGGACCGUGGAGCAAGUGAUGUGGAAAUAAUGGGUGCAGCAGCUGUACAGACAAUCAAUAACACACGCAGUUCUGGAAAGAACACAUCACUUGUGCUUGUUUGAUGAGCUUGUCACAUUCUAAUCCCUCUCCCCAUCCUGUUUCAAUUUUGGGAAACUUGUAUCUGCUGGUGUCAGCAAUUCUGAUCUCUAAACAGGAUCAGGCACUUAGUACAACAGCCUUCUCUUUCUAUUUAUUGUCGACGUGGGACUUGGGAAUAAAGGCAGGUGAAGUUUGCAGACGCUAAACCCUUAAGAACUGUCUUAAGGAUGUUUAUUUUUUUCCCCCUUUUUAAAUAAUUUUACACUUUUUAGUAUCUAUUUCAGAGUCCUAUUUAAAACUAUUUAUUAGUGAAUACAGUACCUGAAACAACAAGGUUAUUGAGAUUACAAUUCUUCAGUGGUUAAUGAUAAUGUGGUUUAUACUGUGCCUUAAUAGUAAUGCUAUUUAAGAUAUUUAUUUUUAAGUUUUACUAUGCUGCACUCUAAAGAAAGGAACUUUAGAUGUGACACUGUAAAAUUAUGUAUUCAUCUCAUGGCA